GGCCCACGUCAUCACGCAGCAUCAACAGGAGCUUGAAGCAGGAUCCCAGUGGAGCAGCAGCGACUCGUCAACUCGCUGGAAAGUGACCGAUCCGAUCUCAGGGGCCGGAUCAUGGACGGUGGCUGCUGCCCGACGGAGGGAGAUGGAGCAGAGAGUGACCAGCAGCAGCCUCUCGUUCUGCAGAGGGUGGAGAAGGAGGCGGAGAGAAGCUGUCAAACCGUCCUGAGGCAUCGUGUGAAGAAACACUGCUCCUGCUCCUCGGAGAAGAUCAAAUCCAAAGUGCUCGACUUCUUCCCCAUCCUGAGAUGGAUGCCACGCUACAAGGUCAGGGACUGGCUUCUGGGCGACGCCAUGUCGGGACUCAUCGUGGGGAUCCUGUUGGUUCCCCAGUCCAUAGCUUACUCCUUAUUGGCCAGCCAGGAUCCUAUAUAUGGUCUGUACACGUCCUUCUUCGCCUCCAUCAUCUACGCCCUGUUGGGCACCUCCAGGCACAUCUCGGUGGGGAUCUUCGGCGUGCUGUGCCUGCUGGUGGGCCAGGUGGUGGACAGGGAGCUGGCUCUGGCUGGGUACCUCCCAGAAGGCAUCAGCAGUAACAACAGUCUCCUCCUGCUGGCUGGCCAGGGGAAUGGCAGCGUCGGGCUGGAAUGUGACCGGAGCUGCUACGCGAUCACAGUCGGAGCCACGCUAACCUUCACUGCCGGGAUUUACCAGGUGCUCAUGGGUAUGUUCCAGGUGGGCUUCGUCUCCGUCUACCUCUCGGACUCUCUGCUCAGCGGCUUCGCUACCGGAGCCUCUCUGACCAUCCUCACCUCGCAGGUCAAGUACCUGCUGGGGCUGAAGAUCCCCCGGUCCCAGGGCUGGUUCACCCUGUGCAAGACCUGGUUCAGCAUCGUCACCGGCCUGGGGAACACAAACCUCUGUGACCUGGUGACCAGUCUGGUGUGUUUGCUGCUACUGCUUCCAACCAAGGCUCUCAAUGAUCGCUUCAAGGCCAAGUUGAAGGCUCCGAUCCCCUUCGAGCUCUUCGUGGUGAUAAUCGCGACCCUGGCGUCUCACUUCGGCCACUUCAACACCGAGUACGGGUCGAGCGUGGCCGGGGUAAUCCCCACUGGUUUCCUUCCCCCCCAGUUGCCCCUGUGGUCUCUGAUCCCCAACGUGGCUGUCGACGCCUUCUCCAUCGCCAUCGUGGGCUUCGCCAUCACCGUGUCUCUGUCGGAAAUGUUCGCCAAGAAGCACGGCUACCUGGUGGACGCCAACCAGGAGAUGUUCGCCAUCGGCUUCUGCAACAUCCUGCCGUCGUUCUUCCGCUGCUUCACCACCAGCGCCGCUCUGACCAAGACGCUGGUGAAGGAGUCGACCGGCUGCCAGACGCAGGUGUCGGGGCUCGUCAGCGCCCUCGUCCUGUUGCUGGUGCUUCUGGUUAUUGCACCGCUCUUCUAUUCCCUCCAGAAGUGUGUCCUCGCCGUGAUCAUUGUGGUCAACCUCCGCGGGGCUCUACGGAAGUUCACGGACAUUCCUAGCAUGUGGCGCAGGAAUCGUGUGGACGCCUGCAUCUGGCUGGUCACCAUGUUCACGUCCUCGCUGGUCAACACAGAGCUGGGGCUCCUGGUCGGGAUUAUGGUGUCGGCGUUCUGCGUCCUCGGCCGGACUCAGCAGGUCCAGGUCCUGGAGCUGGGCCAGGCCUCGUCCAGGGAGCACUACGAGGACCUGUCGUCUUACCGCGGCCUCCGCACCCAUCCGGGAGUGGCGGUCUUCGGGUACCAGGCUCCCAUCUAUUACGCCAACCAGAGCCUGUUCAAGACAUCUCUUUACAACCGCGUGGGGCUCGAUCCCGUGAAGGAGAAGGCACGACGGCUAAAGCUCCUCAAGCAGCAGAAGAAGAAGAAGAGCAAACAGGAGGAGGCGGCAAAGCUGACGUCAGAAAAAGAGGAGGAAGCUGAAGGGACCGUGACCCUGAUGCUCGACGAGGAGUCGCCUCGGAACCUGCGGAGCAUAGUGAUCGACUGUAGCGCCAUCUUGUUCCUGGACACCGCUGGAGUGAGCGCUCUGAAGGAGGUUCGCAAAGAUUACGAAGAACUCGGGGUCCGGGUGGUUCUGGCCCAGUGUAGCACCUCAGUGCUGGACACUCUGGAAUCAGGGGGGUACUACCCCGACACAGGAGGAGAUGAUGGGGGGGAGAAGAAAAAGAUCUUCUUCACUAUCGCCGACGCCGUCCGAUCCGUCCAGAGUCUCCCAGCUCCCAACGGGGACUGUGACACCAAGUGCUGAGGAAACAUCUGUCCAAAUAUCCACGUUUACAUGUAUGUUUGCAGUUUACAUGUAUAUUUGUAGUUUACAUGUAUAUUUGUAGUUUACAUGUAUGUUUGCAGUUUACAUGUAUAUUUGUAGUUUACAUGUAUAUUUGUAGUUUACAUGUAUAUUUGUAGUUUACAUGUAUGUUGCAGUUUACAUGUAUAUUUGCAGUUUACAUGUAUAUUUGUAGUUUACAUGUAUGUUUGCAGUUUACAUGUAUAUUUGUAGUUUACAUGUAUAUUUGUAGUUUACAUGUAUGUUGCAGUUUACAUGUAUAUUUGCAGUUUACAUGUAUAUUUGUAGUUUACAUGUAUGUUUGCAGUUUACAUGUAUAUUUGUAGUUUACAUGUAUGUUUGCAGUGACAAUCUCACAUGAUGCAAAUCAAACAUGCAUUGUUGCCUUUGUGCCUUGUGAUGCUACUGUGGUAGCAGCGGUUAUGUAGAAUAGAUGUAAAAUAAGUUUUCAUAACAGCAAAAUAAGUUUUCAUAUUGACAAAUUAAUGCGAGAGCCGAUAUGUCGGCGAGGUUCAUAUCAGUCGGGUUCUGAUCCAGAACUGAACUUUAUUUCACCAACAAGACGACAGUUAAAAAAACUCUUCACUGAGAAACGAUGCUUAAAGGGGACAAUUUGAAAAAUAUGUUUUUAGUACAUUUUAACGAUAUUGCUGGUGGAUUAAAUCUGUACAAUCUUUCUACUGUAGUUUCACUGAACAUGUGCUGUUACAGUUACCCAUAAUGCAUUUCUCUGUUGUACCAAUGAUAAUCAAUAAUGUCUAUGGAAAGACAUGUUUACGAAGCCAUUAAGAGAUAAAUUAACACGUAUCUUAUCUUAGCUGAUGAGAUAAUAAGAGCUAAGUUUGCCUUGAGACCUUUUGCACCCUUUGUCUAUGCACUAAGCCUCCGUGCCUUCACUGAGCAGAAUCUGUCCAUGUGCGAAGUGUGAAUGUUUUCAAAUCAGGUCCGACAUCUACAAUCUGAAAACAUGUCAACAAAAACGCAUUUUCUGAACCUUUGUCGAGAUAUUUAUUAAGAACAAAGGUCAAGUGUGUAAAUGACCUUGUGAGCUGAAUGUGCCACGUGGACACACACUACUCUGUGAUGUGUGUGUUUGCUGAGUGAGAUGACUGACGUUGUUACACGCGUAGCUUUAGUUUGUGUUAUUAUAUCUCGGUCAACACAGUCGUCGCCUGUAAAAACUCUUGUGUACUCAAACUCUGUGACAAGUUACAUGGAUAUCUAAAAGUUUAAUCUUGUUGAACCUCGUGAUCGUUUUUUAUUUGUGGAAAAUUAAGUAGAAGAUCAUGAAUGUGCUGUAACAUUGAUUUGUUCGGCACUCGUGGCUCCAAAGUUAAGGUUCUGCGUCCAUUACUCUGUAUUUUGUGACACCAGAAGAAGCUCAGGGCUGGUUUCGUGUGUGUGUGUGUGUGUGUGUGUGUGUGUGUGUGUGUGUGUGUGUGUGUGUGUGUGUGUGUGUGUCAGCUAAAGUCCAAACAGCAGAAAAUCCUUCUGGAGACAGAGGGACUGUUUUCUGAAGCAGGUCAUCUGAGUGAAGGACAGUUCACAUUGAUCCUAACUCUUCACUCUUCACUCUUCAGUUCCAUUAAACAUCAGUGAAAACCAAAUAAAGAGAGAACUUUAAUCCAGAAAACUGUAAAAUGCUGUUUGUUAGAAAAGUCCUGGAUCCAGUUUGACCUUGACUCUGACCUUGUUGGAGACAUGACUGUUUUUAGCUUUAGUUCUUUCUCAAACCAAACACAUCUGUAUAUCACUUAGACACAGUUAUAUUGUCUCAUACAGUCUUAAGACGACUUUGCAGUAUAUUGUAUUGUUUUUAUUUAUUUUUGCCAAAUAUGUAACCGUGAACAGAAUCUCUGUGUCUGAGGUUUCGCGGCUGCACCAGCUUUGAUCUGCUUUGAUCUGCUUUGAUCCUGAAACCAAACAGAACACGUGUGUAAACUUUGGAUUCAGGUCUAUUUGUUGAACAUGCUACUGACACUGCUGUUUACUCCAAAGUUCAAUGAUUCUGUUUUUAGAAAUAUUAUAUUGUUAAAUAUAUAUUUACAUAUAUUAAAGACAUUUUAAAGAUAAGUUUUCUUUUCUCUUUACUGUUCAGUCUAAGUUGAACUCGAUCUUCUGUGGUUUGAAAAGUGAAAUGUAGUUUAGAAUCAAAGAUGAAAUUUCUGUCAAUUUUCUCGAUCAUCCAAAUAAAGAUAAAACAUUUCAGCGGG